AUUUGUUUGUUUCUAGAUUUAAUUAAAACCAGUUUCGGGCUAAAGCCCUACGUAGCGAGCCAUAAGCGACCAGACGUUCGACCACGGUAUAUAAAAGGUCGGGCGAUUUUUCGGCAUUCAUAUUUCGCCGUGCUUGACACACGACUACUUGAUUUUCACGCAAAGAAGUCGACAUGAAUUCCGUAAUCGUUUUGUUCGCGACGGUGUGCUUGGCGCUGGUAUGCGGCCAAAAAUACACGGAAAAAUACGACAACGUCGAUUUGGAUGCGAUCAUCCGCAACGACAGACUUUUGCAAAACUACGUCAACUGUUUGCUGGACAAAGGCAAAUGCACAACUGACGGAGCCGAAUUGAAAAGAAUCCUGCCUGAUGCACUUCAAACCGCGUGCAGCAAAUGCUCCGAGAAACAAAAGAACGGCAGCAAGAAGAUCGUCAACCACUUGAUCGACAACAAACCGACCGUAUGGAGCGAGUUGGAGAAAAAAUACGACCCUCAGGGAGUCUACUUGAAGAAAUACAAAGCGGAGGCCAAGACUCAAGGAGUCCAUUUGUUUAUUCGUGUAUUUUCCGUUCAAAUCUUUCCCGAAGCAAGGGCAACACGUUUCGCGAUGAGGUUGUGUUUCGUAUUAUUCGUAGCAUGCUUGGGCAUCGCCCUCGCCAAACCCCAAGAAGCCAAAUACACCACCAAAUACGAUAACGUCGACUUGGACGAGAUCAUCAAGAGCGACAGGCUCAUGAAGAAUUACGUCAAUUGCUUGCUGGAGAAAGGAAACUGCACCCCAGACGGAGCUGAAUUGAAAAAACAUUUGCCGGACGCCCUUCACACCGACUGCUCCAAAUGCAGCGAAACCCAAAAGAACGGCAGCAAGAAGAUUAUGCGCCACCUGAUCGACAACAAACCCGAUUGGUGGAAACAGCUCGAAGACAAAUACGACAAAGAGGGCACCUACAAGAAGAAGUACAGGGAAGAACUUAGCAAAGAGGGCAUCCAGUUGCAAUAAUUCACCUAAAUCUAAGUUAAUUAAAUGUUAUUUUGGAAUGAAACGCUAUAAACAACACACAAAAAAGUCGAAGCUAUGUAUUUCUUUAAACACAUACGUAGGAAAUUAUGUUUAGUUUCAUUUUCACAUUUACUUCGAAAUUAUUGUUUAUUUUUUGUAUCUGUGGAUAAAUGAAUUAUACCUUAGUGACUCGCUAGCUUAUUUUAUUGUACAAAUAAAUCCAACUCUGCAUUGCCAUUGA